ACACCCAGUCUCAAGGAUUCCAUUGCAAGCCCCCCAAGAUCUCCCCAACACUCCGGGCCCAACGACAUCCCCACCGAAUCGCCCCAUGAUUUCCCUCGAGAAGAUUUCACUGGAAUGCCUGCAGAUGCUGUCGUUGACGCCCCAACAGACAACGCUGUGGUCAUGGCCCCAGGUAUUCCUAUCGGUAUCACUCCAGACUCGCCUGCUUGCUACCCAUCCGAGUCACCCAGUCGCCGAGUUCAGGUUAUUGACGUUGGUUUUCCCACUGAUAUGAUUGGCAUACCCUCCAUGGACGAUGGACUAGAAGACUUUGGUAUUGGUAUGGUCUCGCCCGAACCAUCAAAGCCACCUCCCAUUAGCGUUCGACCCACCACCAAGAAGGAACUACCUGCACGGAAAGCAAGAGUCCACCCCCGGGCCCAAUCGCUCCCCAACACUCUGGAAGCUCAGUAUUGGAGGCAGUCAGCUUCCAGAAGAUACUACGGUCGAGGACCACCACCCCCUGUGCCCCUCUACGAUCCAAACAAGCCGCUAACCCAACAGCGCUAUUCUUACUCUGUUGCGACUGCAACUCGAGGACCUGGUUGGUCUCUACAAUCAAGUCGGAAUCGCCCCUACAGGCGAGGUCCCGGGCUUUCUCCAAUGCCUUAUGCGCUCCCGCCCUUUCCUUCACCUCCUCCGCCGCCGACUGCAGGUGGUGCCAGGAGGUAUUCUGUCCCUUCCACCUAUCGUCCUGCCACCACAAUGAAGUACCAACUUCCGUGGCAGAGGUGA